AUGGCACCAGUUGGCGCCGCUCUAUGGCGUACAUUACGUGCCCAUCAAGUGUACGGCGCCAAUACAGAUGUCGGCAAAACAAUUGUGUCGACACUGCUGGUCAAAGCACUGUCAGAUAGAGGCAAGGUUGGAUUUAUCAAGCCUGUGUCUACCGGCUCACUAGAUGACGCAGAUGAUAGACAUGUUGAACGCUUCACAGCCAGCAAUGGCAAUGUCUUAACAAAAUGCCUCUAUCAAUUCGACGAGCCUGUUAGUCCGCACAUUGCUGCUAGAUCUAAAGUAACACCAUCAGACAGUGAAAUCCUGAACUCUUUAUACACUUCACUGAGCUGUUGGUCGACAUCUGGGGUUAAAAAUGCUGUUGUUGAGACUGCAGGUGGCGUCCAUUCUCCUGGUCCUAACGGAAACAGCCAGGCAGAUCUCUACCGUCCGUUGAGACUUCCAGUGAUUUUCGUUGCUGAUUCGCGUCUGGGCGGAAUUUCCUCAUCCAUAUCGGCAUUUGAGUCUCUGUUACUACGAGGUUAUGAUAUUGACUCAGUUUUGUUGUUCCGGGACGAUUACUAUCAAAAUCAUGAAUACCUGCAAUCGUACUUUACAAAAAGAAACAUCCCUCUAUUAGCUUUCUCGCAGCCCCCGUUACGCCCUGAGGGAGCAAUAAUGGCUGACUCGCGGGCACAAGAUCACGAAGUUAUGGAAGCAUACUACACAACAAUUGCAGCUCAAUCGGACAUUGGAUCGCUCCUAGACGAGAUCGAACAAAGACACGUCUAUCGUAUCAAAGAUUUAGAUUCGAUGUCAACACGAGCAUACGAGGCUAUUUGGUAUCCGUUCACACAGCACCAGGACAUGCAGCCCAAGGAUAUAACGGUUAUUGAGUCCGCCCAUGGCGAUUUUUUUCAGACCUUUGACGCAAAUUCAGGGGCCCAAGACGGUUCAGAUGCACCUGUAUUACAGUCAACAUUCGAUGGGUCCGCCUCGUGGUGGACGCAAGGCCUUGGUCAUGGUAACCCAGAACUAGCUUUGACAGCAGCACAUGCCGCUGGAAAAUACGGCCACGUCAUGUUCGCCGGGGCUGUUCAUAAGCCAGCGCUUACUCUGGCGGAACUUCUUUUGAAAAGCUUGGGGAAUGAACGGCUACAAAAAGUAUUCUAUACUGAUAAUGGCAGUACGGGAAUGGAAGUUGCCGUGAAAAUGGCUCUUCGUGCGGCUUGCGUACGAUAUGGCUGGGACUCCUCAAAAGAGGAGGUAAAAAUCCUAGGAUUAAAGGGAAGUUACCAUGGAGACACAAUUGGGGUGAUGGACUGCUCAGAACCGUCGACAUUCAACAAGAAGGUUGAGUGGUAUAGAGGAAAAGGGUAUUGGUUCGAUUUUCCGACGAUAGGGAUGAAACAUGGCAAGUGGCGAGUUAGUGUUCCUGAGGUCCUGAUACAAGAUCUCGGAGAGGGAGAAGAAUUCGACUCCUUGAACGAUAUCUUUGAUCUGGAGAGCAGGGCGGGAUCCGCUCUGGGGCAGAGAUAUAGUAACUAUAUCAAAGACACGCUUGAGCAGCUAGUUCAGGAACAGGGCGUCAAGUUUGGUGCUUUGAUCAUGGAACCGGUCUUAUUGGGUGCAGGGGGCAUGCUUUUCGCGGAUCCUCUGUUUCAACGUUCUCUAGCAGACGUUGUUCGCUCAAACCCAGAGAUAUUUGGCACUGCUUCAAUUGCCUCCCAAACUACUACUAACUGGUCCGGUCUUCCAAUUAUCUUUGAUGAAGUCUUCACGGGCCUGUACCGUCUUGGUCGACGCACAUCUGCUUCCUUUCUCAAUGUCGAUGCCGACAUUGCCGUACACGCGAAGCUAUUAACCGGCGGGCUGAUUCCCUUGGCAGUGACAAUUGCUAGCAAAGAGAUUUUUGACUCGUUUCUAAGUUCCGAGAAGAGUGACGCUCUUCUCCAUGGACACAGUUAUACUGCGCAUGCCAUAGGGUGCCAGGUUGCUGAGGUUUCAGUAACGCGAAUGAUUGACAUGGAAAACCAAGGACAUUGGAAUGGUUUCAAAAGGUCUUGGAAGUCGGCGUCAAACAAUAGCGCUGAACAAGGAAAUGGAAUCUGGAGUCAAUGGUCGGCCGAUCUAGUCCAGAGUUUGAGUGGUGCAGAAUGCGUUGAAAGCGUGUUUGCAAUUGGCAGUGUGUUCAGUAUUACUCUUCGUGAUCUCGAUGGUCAGGGUGGAUACACAUCAACUGCUGCAAAAGGGCUACAACAAAAGCUAGCCAAUGGCGAUGCCGCUGGUAGAUUCAACGUACACUCAAGAGUACUGGGGAAUGUGCUGUAUCUUAUGGCGAGCAUGACUUCAAAGCCGGAAGAUUUGAAGAAAAUCGAGGUUUUGUUGCAAGGUGCUCUCUUAGGUUGGAAUUGUCACGGCACGGCUUAUCCUCCAGAUGGGGGCUGUAUAUGGUUACAUUCAAUGAUUGAUGGUACAUCCCGCUUGAAAGGAGCCUAUUCCUCUGCUUCGUUAGCCAGCGAGGUCCCCUCCCAAUUUAACCUCAUUAUCUUAUCCUCUGACCCUGGCAUCAACGGGUCCGCUCUAAUCGCCACCAAUGACGAGGAGAUCGAUAUCGAGGGAGUCCUUCAGCCUGUAGAAGGGCAGGAGACUCCAGCUAUCUUCUACUUUGACUCGAAAACAGGUCGCCUCGUCACAACUUCAGAGACGAGCUACCAAGAACGCUUUGCCUAUACCCUCUACUCCAACUAUACCAGCAGCCUGCGUUUCGACAUCGCAUCAGACAUCAGUGGCGGCAUAUACUACCCAAAAUUUACAGUUGCUGCUGACGGAUCAUUCAGUGCGGGCAGCAAUCUGACAUGGGCGUGGUGUCCUGAUGAUUUCGACGCCGGCAAUGGCUAUUAUUUACCAGGGAGCAUCACGCUCGGUGCGAUUGCCAAAGGGUGUGAGGCUAUCGACGGCUUGGUAGCAGUUGCGGCAUCGUCGUAG